AUGUCCUCCUUCCCACCCCCCAUCAUCCCGAGAGCCCUUCGGCCCGGCGCCAAGAUCGCCUUCCUCUCCCCCUCGGGGCGCAUAGACCCCGGAGUCAUCGCCCCGCUAGCCCGCGCCGAGACCCUCCUGCGCUCUCUGGGCUACGCCGUAACGAACAUCUACUCUGAGGUGGGGGAGCGGGCCCGGGGCGGCGGCGUCGACGCCUCCAUCCGCAACCGCCUCGCCGAGCUCCGCACCGCCUUCGCCGACCCCACCGUCGACAUGAUCUUCUGCACCGUCGGCGGCUCCACCAUGACCCAGCUCAUCCCGUACCUCGUCGAGGACGUGGCCCUGCACGCCCUCGUCCGCGCGAACCCCAAGAUCGUCGUGGGCUACUCCGACAUCACCGUCCUGCACUGGUGCCUCCGCGCCCUCACGGGCCUCCGGACCUUUUACGGGCCCUGCGCGGCCCUGGAGCUCGGCGGCGAAGUCGACGCCGCCGCCUUCACCCCGGCCUCCGUCUCCUCCUUCUCCCCGUCCGUCUCCGUCCCAGAGGACCCGGCCGAAGGCGACGCCUACGUCCACGAGUUCCAUCUCGCGACCCUCCUCCAAGCCAUCUCGCACCCCGGACGGCCCCUCGGCCCCGUCCCCCGCUCCCGGUUCUACGCCCCCCUGAUCCCCUCGUACUUCUUCCCCCCGCCGUCGCCCCCGCCGACCAACACGCGCGCCCUCCUCCCCUCCCCGGCCUGGACCUGGCUGCGCCCCGGCCGCGCCGAGGGCCGCCUCUUUGGCGGGUGCCUCACCGUUGUCUCCCGCAUCCAGGGCAUCCCGCGCAUCACCCCCGACUGGCGCGGCAGGAUCCUCUUCCUCGAGUCCGCCACGGGGGAAGGCGACCAGACCGAGGGGAACCCGCUGGGCAGGGUGCAGCAGGCCGUUGCGGACCUCGCGGCGCGCGGCGUGUUCGACGAGCUCGCCGGGCUGGUCGUCGGGCGGCCGUACGGCUACAAUACGGAAAAAGAGAGGGUCCGCUACGCGGCCGCGUUUCGGGGCCUCCUUUGCCACGGCCGGCUAGCGGAUCGUAAGUUUCCCAUUCUGAUGAAUGUCGAUGUCAGCCACACCUCGCCCAAGGUGACAUUGCCGAUGGACGUGCUGGCGGUGUUGGACUCGGAUAAGGACGAGUUUGCCAUCACGGAGGCUGCCGUGCUCUAG